AGCUUAUCUCUCUUUAAAUGAAGUGUAUUUAAACUAGCAGGUCACAGUUUCAGCCUCCUUCCUCCCCUCCGGGUUUCUGACUCUGUGCUCUGACCCUCUCAAUGAUCGAGCACCACCUGUGGCGGGUGAGUCAGCCACCGGCGCAGAUCUGACCUCUCGCAGCCGUUUUUGUUUUGUUUUUGUUUUUUUUAGUGGGUGACAAUGUCAGCCUGAAAGACUCUCCUGAGGAAGAAAAAAAAAUCCAGAGCUUGGUCCUCUCACACACUCUCAGUUAAUCAUCUUCCCACGCCAGGAUGCACCGCUCCUCUCUGCACAAUCAGCUAAAUGUUUCCGCAUGUUUGUCAUCGCUGCUUUCUUGACAGCUCCGCGUGAGACACCGAGGCUCCUCCACCAACCAACAACACCAUCACCCGCACCGCUGCUGCCUGAUUUGUUUGUCAAGUUUUCAUCGUCGCUUCCGUUUUUUUUCUUUUUUUUUCUUUUGUCACUCUCAAGAUAUCAAGGUGUGAUUAUAACCUCGAGGAUCCUCAUUUUGUGGCCACGCGCAGUAAUGCGAGCAGCAGAGAGGCUGGAGGCUCGCGGACACCGGGACUGAGCGGCGGAGAUCUCUCACAAGACACCGUGUGCGCCCGUGCGUCUUUCUCUGUCUCAUUCAUUCUUGGACACAUCUCGGAGAUAUACAAAAAAACUGUUUGGGUUUGUUUUGUUUUUCUUGGCUCUCCUGAAGCCUGCACCUAUUUUUCUUGGCAUUGCGAUGUCUACAAGAAAGACAUCGUUGACGGACAAGCAGACUAAAAACGGCACAUCAAAAUAUGUGUUGGAGAGAUGCGCUUCUAUUAACGAGUAUUAUGAUAUUGCGUUCAAGGUGAUGCUGCUCGGAGACUCGUCCGUGGGGAAGACGUGCGUCUUGGUGCGCUUUAAAGACGGGGCAUUUCUUGGAGGCAACUUUAUAGCCACCGUUGGAAUAGACUUUAGGAAUAAAGUGGUGGAUGUCGACAACCUGAAAGUCAAACUCCAGAUCUGGGAUACAGCCGGCCAAGAGAGAUUCCGCAGCGUAACGCACGCCUACUACAGAGAUGCCCAGGCCUUACUCCUGCUAUAUGAUAUCACCAGCAAGCCAUCAUUUGACAAUAUCAGGGCCUGGCUGACUGAAAUACACGAGUAUGCCCAGAAGGAUGUGGUCAUCAUGUUGCUCGGCAACAAGUCAGACAUGGCCGCAGAGAGGGUUGUGAAGACGGAGGACGGAGAGAGGCUGGCGAAGGAAUAUGGCGUGCCAUUUAUGGAGACCAGUGCGAAGACGGGAGUCAACGUGGAGCUGGCCUUUCUCGCUAUAGCAAAGGAGCUGAAGCACAGAGCGACACAGCAGCCCAGUGAUCCCAAGUUUCAGAUACACGACUACAUCGAGUCUCAGAAGCAGAAAUCUGGCUGCUGUGGCCUCGUGUAGCUGAUGCUGAUCACCAGGCAGAGAGAGAAACACAGAAAGAGAAAGAGAGUAGAGAGAGAGAGAGAGAGAGAGAGAGAAGACAGAGAGAGAGAGAGGGAGGGAGGUAUAAAUGUCUGCUCUCUUACCGAAAAGCCAAUCCCAGCACCAAACCUGAGAAGCGGACGUCCUCGUCUUCUCCAAUGAGCUUUUUAACCGAACGGAAGUGAAUCCGGAUUGGCCGCCAUCCCUUAUCUGAAAUGUGAAUUUAAAUCUCUUUUAUGUCAUGCGUAGAAAUGUUUGUGGUCUUUGUGGUGACAGUUGUAUCAAACUUACAAGUCAGGAGUUACAAUCUGAAAUGCUAUAUCCAUCUGCAGGGACAAAAACAUGCGUGUUUCAACUCAAUUUUCAAUUAAUUUUCAACUCAACUCUGCACAAAGGCAAACCUGUAAUGUAGAGUGUAAGUGUGUGACGUGACGGGGAUGCGUGGGACGAGAGGACGGGUUCUUUUAAGCUCUCUUUUUCUUAGUAUAAUAUCAAACAACUCUGUUAAAUGCAACAAUCAUAAACACAAGCAAGCGAAUCUUUCUGUGCUCACUUCUCGAUCUUUGGCUCUUCGUCUCAGCGGAUUUCUGCUAUGGCGAACAAGAGUCUGUCACUGAGCUCAGGUGGCAUUAACCUUAAGAAGUUAACCUGACUCUUGAGCAUGCACCGUACAGAGGCAGGGGAAUUUUGGGGAAUCGAGUUAACUCUUUGAGUCCUUGUUUGUGAAUCAUAGCCAUGGCUCAGUGUAGCACAAAGCUGCUGUCAAACUCUCUGUCUCUGUUGGAAAGACGGGGGGUCUGACAGAGCUUUGAAGAUCACUAGAAGCAUGUUUACGGCCUUUUGAGAGGGUCACUGUGAGGGUGGCAGGUUAACGGCUCGACGAGGAGAAGCUCUGUGGUUGGAGCCACACUUCAUCAGCCCUAAAUAUCUUGUUAAACUCUGAAUAUAGCACAGUUAUCGGCAGGCCCAUGUGCUGUGUUUGCUGCAACUGUAGAGAAAUAAACAUCAGUCAUGUACAGCGUUGUUUUUUGGCGCUUAUCGGGCUCGUUAGCGCUCCCUGCAGCUUCACGUGAACCAGUGUUCAACCAGUGUUUUGGAUUUUACACCUUGGUUCAACAUUCGUUGGAGACCGAACAUUUAAUUCCACGCUUAUAAGCUAAUUUAGAGAUUAAAACAUAGUUUUUACACACGAUAUGUGUCUGUUUUAACCAAGCGGUAACCUCCGCGUCUGGAAAGUAAAGCCAAUGCUGAAGUGCCAAAAACUGCAGUUCCUCAAACGUCCACUUGAGGCUGGCUACAGAACGAGUCAGUCCCCAUAAGCCCCCAUGUCCAGCAUUCUUUAUACUGUCAGUGGUGUAAAAUGCCAACAGGAAUCUGUGUGAUUAUGUGUACAGCACAUAAUAAAAAUCACUUACCUAAGGCUUGACCUCGUGUUUGUAAUGAAACAGUUAGCAUAAGCUCGACCCAGCGGCAGCAGCGUGCUGCAGAUCGACCCUCUUCUCUGACGCCUUUUUCAUCUCAGUGGAGUUUGCAGGCCUGACUCCUGAUAAAUGAGUUUUAUAUGAACAAUCAAUACAACUGUCGAUGUGGAUAUAGCAUUUUGCCAUGCAGCUCUGAGUUUGUUUUCAUCCCGGGCUGUGAAGUGAACACCCACCCCCCUUCUGUUUUCUUUUUUUGGCCUUACAGUCUUCAUCAUUAUUCAUACUUUGAUAAUUCAGUGUGUUUGGAGAAGUGGACUUCAGUCUCACAGUCAGAUUGUAGCUAAAAUGAUCCCGUCUGUUCACAUCUGUACUGCUGUUAGAUAGAAUAAAGCCAACGUUUUGAGGGCG